AUGGGGGCGGGCAGUAGGUUGGGGAGCAGACUGGUGCCAGCCCGGCUGCCUUGCGGGGUUGUGGAAACACAUGGCUGUGCCAUCGGCACCCUGUUUGGCUUCUGGGCCAGUCUCAUCUGUGACACCUACAUAGUCCUCACUUGGAACAACAAGAUAGAAAGUGUGGGUGCCAGCUCCUCUUCUGAUUAACCACCCACUGGAACACAGCAGAACAGAAGGCAGGGUUACACAAAAGAGGACCACAGUCAGGUGCCAGAGGCAGGUGACGUCUAG